GAUGAUUGCCAUGGAAAAUCCUGCAGACUUGAAGAAGCAAUUGUAUGUUGAAUUUGAAGGAGAGCAAGGGGUAGAUGAAGGAGGUGUUUCCAAAGAAUUUUUUCAACUGGUUGUGGAAGAAAUCUUCAAUCCAGAUAUUGGGAUGUUCACAUAUGAUGAGUCUACAAAACUGUUUUGGUUUAAUCCGUCCUCCUUUGAAACUGAGGGUCAGUUUACCCUGAUUGGCAUAGUACUGGGACUGGCUAUUUACAACAACUGUAUACUGGAUGUACAUUUUCCCAUGGUUGUCUACAGGAAGCUAAUGGGCAAAAAAGGAACUUUCCGUGAUCUGGCAGACUCUCAUCCUGUUCUCUACCAGAGUUUGAGAGACUUACUAGAGUAUGAAGGAAGUGUGGAAGAUGAUAUGAUGAUAACGUUUCAAAUAUCUCACACGGAUCUCUUUGGCAAUCCAAUGAUGCAUGAUUUAAAGGAAAACGGUGAUAAAAUUCCUAUUACGAAUGAAAAUAGAAAGGAAUUUGUCAAUCUGUAUGCUGACUAUAUACUCAAUAAAUCAGUAGAAAAGCAGUUCAAGGCCUUUCGGAGAGGAUUCCACAUGGUGACCAAUGAAUCUCCUUUGAAAUAUUUAUUUAGACCAGAGGAAAUUGAAUUACUUAUUUGUGGAAGUAGGAAUUUAGAUUUUCAAGCACUAGAAGAAACUACAGAAUAUGAUGGUGGCUAUACAAGAGACUCUCUUAUUAUUAGGGAAUUCUGGGAAAUAGUCCAUUCUUUUACGGAUGAACAGAAAAGACUGUUCUUACAGUUUACAACAGGCACAGACAGAGCCCCUGUGGGAGGACUUGGAAAGUUAAAGAUGAUCAUAGCCAAAAAUGGCCCGGAUACAGAGAGGUUACCUACAUCUCACACAUGCUUUAAUGUACUUUUGCUUCCGGAGUACUCAAGCAAAGAAAAGCUUAAAGAAAGAUUAUUGAAGGCCAUCACAUAUGCCAAAGGAUUUGGCAUGCUGUAAUAAGUAUAACAAAAGGGAUUUAAAAAUGAUGGUGAUGAUGUCCCUGUCCAAAAAGGCCAUAAGAUAGUGAGCUACAGUAGUCACCUGUGUUUGUGCCUCCCUUCUUUACUGGGGACAUUGGGCUGGAACAGCAGAUUUCAGCUGCUUAUAUGAACAAAAUCUUUAUUUUUUUCUUUUAGCGUGAAAGUGUUACAUAUUCUUUCACUUAUAUGUACAGAGAGGUUUUCCUGAAUAUUUAUUUUAAGGGUUAAAUCACUUUUGCUUGUGUUUAUUACUGCUUGAAGUUGAGCCUUUUUGAGUAUUUACAAGAAAACAAACUGUACUCUCCCAAGGAAAAUAUUGCCAUCAUUUGUAGACCAUGUAACCUUCAAGUAUGUGCUAUAUUUUUGUCCCUGUAUCUAAUCAAAUCAAGAACUGUACUUUUUGAAGAGUUUGCUUUUGAAACUUGAAGUCUUGAAAAACAGUGUGAUGCAAUUACUGCUGUUCUAGCCCCCAAAGAGUUUCUGUGCAAAAUCUUAAGAAUCAAUAAAGAUGGAAGGGAGAACUUGGAAUGUUAAAUUGCAGCCUUGAGAACUUUACUUUAGUCACAGCACAACAAUUAAAAUUCAUUUCACUAUAUGUUGUCUUCACAUGUCUUGUAAUAAACUGUGUUUUUAAUUAGGAAACAUUUCUUAGCAUAUGAAAGGGUAGAAAUUUUAGUUACUUUUUUAAAAAAAGUUUACUGGGGAAAGUGCAUUUUCAACUGAACAGCUUUAGAGUAGGGAGUGAAGUGUCUGGAAAAAAAGAUAGGAAGUUUUUGCUAUAUUAUAAACAAAGCAUGUGGAAGUGCACUUAAAAUGAAGUUUUAUUCUUAAUUGCYUAUUAUGUUGACAUUUUAAAUAGACAAUCCAAAGUCUUCCCUACGUGUUAUGUCAUCAUCAUUUAUUUAAUGAAUGAUUUUUCCUACCUAUCAAGGCACAUGAUCAGUGUUGCACCAUAAUCUAAAGGGAUGGCUACUGUAUUUUAAUCUCAUCUAACAAUAAGCAAAAUUGAACAAUAUUAAACGUGAGGCCUACUUCAUGUUGUACACUUCCAACCAUUAAAUAAACUGUUAGAAAGUAAGUACUAAGGUUAUGUUCAUCUACUACAUAAAGUAUUCAGUAGGUUUUUAAUUUAACUCUACAAAUCAUAUCAGAAAUAAAUCCUUUACCUUUCAUAGUCUGUGUUUAAUGUUAAUUUCUCCUGUUGCAAUAUACAAUGAAGGGAUUAUGCAUUUGUAAGUGCAGAUGUAACUGGCAUAUCUCUUUUCCAAUACAAGCUGCAGCGGGUGUGCAGAGCUGAGCUUGUGCCUUGACAAUUGCUAUAACUGGCUACUACCGAUCAAAACCGUGACUGUGUGGAAUUGGCAUUAAAAGGCUUAGUUUUGAAAUCAUUGGAAAAAGAAAAGAUGUCUUUCAGGACUAUUUUAAUAAAUUCUUUCUAGUAAUAGAAACAGACAACUGUUAUGUAACUAUGAUGCUGAAUAAAACAAUGACCUUUUUUCACCAUGGUUCAGUGAAAAAGACAACAAGUUACUUUCUUACUUUGAUAAAUUAGAUAUUAAAUUUUUUKAUUAGAAAUUGUUGUAGUACUGCAUAAUUUGAGGGUUGCAGGUACARAAAUUCUCCAGAAGUGAACUGUAGUGAUCUGGGGUCCAGUGAUUUUCCCCUCUCAAAUUCAAUCCAGUGCCAGACAGCCUGGACACAUGGGACUGAAACUGGCUGGGGAGGGAGAGGUGCUGUCUUCUGGCCUUUGAUCUCAGAGGUGGCCCUUAGGGCCUGCCCUCUUUUAUGUCCACCUUGUUGUAUGUCCCUGAAGAGGAAAACACAAGAUACCCUGCCUCUCAGUGCAGGGUGGUUGAUGGCAGUGCUUGCUGAGCCCUUCAGGUUUGGAGCAACUUUUACUGUAGGUGGUGAGAACAAGACUUGCCGAGUGCCUUGAGGUGCUUUGCUACAAGCGUGAACAUGUCCUGGUACUGCUKUGUGGUAUGUAAGUGUCCACAGUCUAAUGCUCUUAAAGCUGUAUUCCUGUAACUUCUUAUCCUGAUGAAGCUGUGGUUUGUGGUUACRCCCAGCUGACAGGUGUAUGUGAUUCAUAUUGGGGUUUUUUAUAUAGGUCUAAAAGCUGUGCAGACAGCAUAACUGGAUAGCAAUACAGAAUUCUCUAACUGAACUGUUGACAUUGUAAAUAGGCUCUUUCUGUUUUCCUUUAGCAUUAAGAUUAAAAUAAUAUAUAAUUGCCUUGGCCUUCAAAAGCAUAAGUUGUUUUUCAGGGAAUCAUUUUCAGGUAAGAUGUAGUACUUCAUAUUUGACUGAUUUCUCAUGUAAUAUAUACUGCCUCCCUCCAAACACCRCUGUAUUGAAACCGUAUCUCCUAAGUGCUGAUAUAAAUGCACUGGUUGUUCAGCAGCACUGGUUGAUGAGGUUUGAAAUAAAUAAACCUUGAAGUCUUGUAGCUGCAGGCUACAUUCCUCUCCUAUAGAAGUUGCAGCCAGAAAGGGAAAAUGCCAUUUUAAGUUGGUUUUGGUUUGACUUUUUUUUCUGGGCUCCMGGCACAGCUGGAAUGUCUUUCACAGUGUCUAGCAAAGUUUACAUCUACAAAACUUACCUUGGAGACUUAAGUGUACUUAUGUGUCAUGGAGAUACCUCUCUUGAGUGAGACAGAAGAUUCCUUUUCUAAGGCAGUAGUCUGACACCAGUGUGGUGGUGCUCUCUCCACAGGGUGUCUUCAAUAUKUUGACAAGAAAAUAUUUUGGCCAUCUCAGCACUGGCUCAUUUGACAAGUGAAAAAUACCUCUUCAAGUAUCUCCUUCUGCACCCUAAUAGACUGCCAGAAUGUUUCCAACCUUGGUGUGAAGAGGCCAUCAGGUUUCUGUCUAUGUUUUGUUUUCAAAAAUGAUAGUAGUGCAAGAAAACAACUAGUGCACUGAAAAGAGUCAUCUUAAUAAGGCACUUUUUUCAGAUUUAAUUAGGAGUGAAGAAAUGGUUUUGUUUAUCUCUGGUGGUAUGUCAGCACAUGAUUCUGCAUACAGAUUAUCACGCUUUAGAAGAUUAAAACUUUUGCAUCUUGCUAAGAAGAUUUCAGUAACAGCUGUCAGGAGCACAGUUCAGUUGACUAAGGAAUAGUGUUGUGUGAACUUCUGACUGGGCUUAUCUUCRGUUUGGGAGGCAGCAGCCUGAGACAGGAUGGUGGCAGCCAAGGGUACUCCCUCCAACGCUGCAUUCUGAGGAAAGCUGAUUGUGGAAUGGGCUGGAAAUGGGCCCAGGGCUCCAUGCARCUCUGUGUCUCAUCCAGCAGUGGCUUCAGUGCUGAAGCAGGAGCUUCCUACCACRUGUGGCACUACACAGGUGUGAUGGACCUGGUGGGCUUUGCCUUCAGGUAGCUGCAGUGUGGGCUGCCCAGGAAUGCAUGGCCCUCUGCUCUGUGGAGCAGAGAAUUGGACACAAGUUUCCAUGCUGCUGAUGUUCUGGAAGAGGACAACCCCCACAUCAUCAGCUUAAAGGUGUUUCCCUUGCACUGUUGCAGCCARUUACCUCCUUGUGAAUUUUUAAUCACAGUAGGAUUAAAAAAUUCCUGCUUAUCUCAAGAAUUUUUUAUUAUAAAUAUGAAUCAGUUGGAUGGAAUCUUUGAGCUAUGCCUUCCUCAUUAUGCAGAAAAACUCCAGCAUUUCAGCAUGCAAGAUGGAGCAGGAAUUUCUUCCAAGUUUAGCUAUUCAAAAUCAAGCCUUUCCUUACAAGAGCUGAGUUUAUUAUGCUUAGUCUGAGUCACAAGGACUUGUGAUAAGUUACCUACAACUGUUGUUCACACUUGAAAGUUUAAUUAAAGUUUUUUUAAAAAUUCGUAAGACCAUCGGGGACUUAAUAAAAUUAAUUUUAAGAAAUUCAGUUUUAUACUGUAUCCCAGAAGGGACACUGCAUUGGAAAUAAGAGUUGAUACUGGCAUUAGUUUUUACACAGGGCACUUCUUGCCCAGAUGAAUUUGUUUGGAAAACCCAUUAAUUUUUCAUUGUAUUUUUCUCCAGUGCUCCAUCUGAAGAUGUCUUCAGCUGUUGAUUUUUAUUGUUCGUCAUUAACAAAACAUAAAAUUGUGUGGAAAGGUGGAUUUAAUUGAGAAUACACAAGUGUAAUUGUUAUUCUGUUCUGCAGUAUUUGUAGGAUACAUCAAGAGAGCUAUCCUGAUAAAUAACUGAAGUUUGCCAAGUGUGCWUGUGUUUAUGGAUGUCUUGCUCAAUAUAUAUCCUGCGUUGGAAUUUCUGUGUAGUGAAAUGUCUAAUAGAAAUGAUUGGAGAUGCAAGUGGAGGGUGGGAAUCAUUAUUCUAUUUUAGGACAAUAAGAUUGCCUAUCUUAUUCCAAUUAGGAAUGCCUACAUUAUUUUGCUGAGUAGGUUUGUGCAGUUUUGAGACUUAAAAAUUGAGACCAGAGCUGACUCUGAAAGUCAGACAGCAAUUGCUGGAGUUAGGCUCCUGCCCUUGGAAGGACAGGAAGGCAGCACAGCUCAACUACAGACAGCUGCAURGGCGGGGAUCCUGCUGUUCCUGCAGCCUUGGCUCACAGCUUGGACUGACCAACGUCAAGACAAAAACUGCAGCAUCCUGAAGAUUUGGGACUCAACUGUUACAUGCAAAGAUGACWUGAAGCCUUUCUUCUUAAUGUCACCAAAGGCUCUGGUGUAUCUGCUGUGCCAUUGGAGUCAUGUACAGYGAAAAUCCCUUAAAUCUAUCUUCCCAUUUCAUCCUUCUGCUUUCAGACUGGUAUAGGACAGCAGUGUAACAGUGCUCAGGAGUUAGUGGCUGUAAAGUGGAAAUUAGUUGAACUUUUCUGUUCCAGGUUUUGAGAUGCAUCAUGUGCUGCUACCUUUGAUUUAGUAUUUCCCUUUGCAAGCACUCUGUUGGAGCAGCAAGGGGUAAAGAUCAGGUGAGUCAAUACAAUUAAAGGGGUUUUGUUUCUUGAUAUAACCGAUUUUAAUAAAAAUGGGAAACUACACAAGAACAUUUUCUAGAUGAAAAGGUGUUUUCAAAAAAAAAAAUCUCCCUUGUGUCAUGUACACUGAUUUUUAUUUGUCUUCUAUGCAUGAAGAAUGCUAUGAAUUUUGGAGCAAGCCCCCUGAAAUAAAGCAAAUUACAUUUUGGUCUCACCAAUACAGGCACUUUCAAAGUUCAACACAGACUUCUUUGUGAGCAUCUGGUAAGUGUUGCACUGUUUUUUUACACUUUGACUUUGGGGAGGCUCCCAUUCCCAAACUAAAAUCCCCAAGAGGAUAUCCUUUCCAAAAAUGUUCCUAUCUGGCUGAUUUUGUGCAGGGCUGGAGCCACCAGGUUCUGCUUUCUGCCCUAGCUCUAAUGGCCAGCAGACAGCCUAGGUGAUGCUCUUGCAUCAGGAGUUCUUCCAGACAUCCUCAGGCCUUUCAGAAGCAAUCCUGCUCUGGAU